UCCCAUCGUCUCGUGAUUUUCCCUUUCGUUGCUGUCGUUUAUCAGAGCCGCGCAUCCAGUCAAACCUCGGCAACUCAUCGUACCCCACACCCGUAGACGCGUCGAUCUCCCGGCACGCAUAAGGUCUACUACGCUCGCUACAUUCUGCAAUACUUUAACAGGUAGUUUGUAGGGAAAGGCCGCUAGAUUAAGAUUGAGGUUCCAUGUGUCGAUCUGCAAUGAUGAAGGCCAUCCACAUUGACAAAUUCGUCUCCAAUGUGUCAGACCUCAAACCAACCACAAUCCCUAACCCUGCGCCCAAUUUCACCCAAGGCCUCCAAAUAAAAAUCACUCACGCAGCCGUGACCCACGUGGACCUCCUCUACGCCCGAGGCCUGCACCAAAACAACCGCCGACACGUGCAACCGCCCUUCGUUCUAGGUACAGAAUACGCCGGCAUAGUAACUCACAGCUCAGCUUCCUCUUCUUUCCCGCCCGGUACCCGCGUCUUCGGUGGCGGCUUAGGCGCCUACGCAGAGCAGAUAUGCGUCCCUGAGACCUCCAUCCGCCGCGUACCCUCGCAAUGGACGAACGCCGAAGCCUGCGCCGUUGGCGCCAGCGGAGCAGUCAGUUACGGUGCUUUACUGUCCGUUGCGCAGCUUAAAGCUGGAGAAACGGUGCUGGUCCUUGGAGCGAGUGGCGGGUUGGGUGUCAUGGCUGUGCAGAUUGCGAAGGCGGUUGGGGCGAGGGUUAUUGCUGUUGUUGGGGGGAAGGAGAAAGCUGAGGUUGUGAGGGGUGUUGGGGCGGAUGAGGUUGUGGAUUAUGGACAGGAGGGGUGGGAGGGGAGGGUGAGGGCGUUGGGGAAUGGUGGGGAGGGGGUGGAUGUCGUGUAUGAUGGGAUUGGAGCUGUGGAGAGUGGGAUUAGGUGUUUGAAGUAUCGGGGGAGGUUGGUUGUUGUGGGGUUCGCGGCAAGAGGGGGAAAGAUGGAGAACCUGAAGGUUAAUAAGAUUUUGCUAAAGGGGGUUGCGGUGUUUGGUUAUCGGUUUGGAGAAGAUGGGAGGAGAGAUGCGCAGAGGACAAAGGAUGUUUGGGAUGGAUUUAUGAAGUUGGUUGAGGACGGUAAGAUUCGGCCUGUCAUAUACAACGAGGAUUAUUGGGGGUUGGAGGCGGUUAGUAGAGCGCUGGAGGAUGUGAGGGCGCGUAAAGCUUGGGGGAGAGCAGUGAUAAGGAUAUGUGAAGCAGAGGAGGAUAAGGCCGAGCAGAAGGCAAGACUAUGAUAUGGAGGUAUCUCUGUUGCUACUCAAGAUAUUCACUCCACGCGACGCUUUACAGUCAGAAGGCCGCGAUUUCCUUGUCUGUGGUGAGUUUAGUGAUAUGCGUAGUGAUUUACCAGUCUGAAGCUUUCAUUCUAGCGCCGUCGUGAGUAUGCGAAACCUCCAUUGCUAAAAAGGUGAAG